GAAGAAGAAGAAGAAGAAGAUAAAAUCGGAUAGAAAUGUAAUUUUAUACAAUUAAAAUUGCCCAAAUAGAGUUUUCAUUCGUAAGGAGGCGCCAUGUCUGUUUUGUAUGUAAUGCCACAUUAAAUUCCUCCGGCUGCGGAUCCCAACCCACCUUGACUUUUCGGUUUUGUCACCUCAGACCACUUUAUCCAUGCAAUGCCUCUUUUGUUAUCUGAUCCUGCCCACCAAAAAUUGCGGACUAGAGACUCUACACGGUGGAGAACCGUGCGAGAUAAUAGCAUACAAGAGAAUGUGUAAGUAGGAAUAGAGGACAGUGUGGAUUUAAUGAGCACUUCGUGACCUGCUGGGCUGAGGAAGCGUGCCAUCCAUCCUUGGAUCCUUCCCCUGAUUCGAUUACAAAUCAGAUUGGCUGCUUGGCGUCCUUGAUGUUUCCAGCAGAGGGGGAGACCAAGCCUCGUAGUCCGACAAGAUGCGAGUAACAGACUCCAAAUUCGACUUCUUUGCCUCAAGGAGCAAGAGGCUAUCAUCGGUGAACAAUAAAUGGGUUUUAUUCUCGCCAAGCUGCGUGCUCCCACUAACUGAAGAGAAUGUGGAAAAGGUUCUGCAUGAGGUGAGGCCGGGCUUGAUGGCCGACGGGGGAAACGUGGCACUCCAUGAGAUAGACGGCCUUAUCGUGGUGCUGAAGCUCCAGGGAGCGUGUGGGUCUUGCCCAAGCUCCACGAUGACCCUGAAAAUGGGAAUUGAAACUCGGCUUCGGGAUAAAAUACCUGAAAUCAUGGCUGUAGAGCAGACUGUGGACACUGAAACUGGGUUAGAGCUGAAUGAAGAGAAUAUUGCAAAGGUUCUUUCCGUGAUACGGCCAUAUCUUGCAGGCACGGGAGGGGGAGUGCUCGAGCUGGUUCAGAUCGAUGAUUACGUCAUCAAGGUUAGAUUGAGUGGCCAUGCAGCAGGGGUUAUGACUGUUCGUGUCGCUCUCACACAGAAACUCAGGGAAAAAAUUCCUGCCAUCGCCGCUGUUCAGUUGAUAGAUUAACAAAACAACAUCAUUCUUUACAUUCUGUAUAUGUACAUCAGGAAGACUUAUGUAAGGGAGCAAAUAUAUAUAUAUAUAUUCCAAUACUAAAGUUUCAGGUGGAAGAA